CCUAUGGUUCCUCCCUUGCUUCCUCGUCGAUUGGUGGUGAGUGAGUGUGUGUGUGUUCGUGCGUGUGUGUGUGUGUGUGUGUGUGUUCGUGCGUGUGUGUUGUGCCCUCUCUGGCGCAUGCACUCUAUCUGCUGCCAUGCCAUGCCAUGCCAUUCCAUCCAUCCAUCCACGCACACACACAUACAGACCGACAGCCAGACGGACAGAAUCAAAACACAUCACACAUCCAUCAGCCAAGACAGACAGACAGACAGAUAGGCGGCUACGAGAAGCGGUCCGUCCGUGGGAGUGUUGCGUGGAUUUAGUCAAGGGCGUGGGUAGAGAGACAGACGUGUGGCUGCCUGCCACUGGUGGCACAGCACGCCUCCCCUCCCCUCCCCUCCCCUCCCCACGCCCACCAUGCGGCUGGUCAAGUACAUACAUACGACACGGGUCAGGUCACCCUCCGCUUCUUGCUGCGUGUGUUGUAGAUGUGCGUGGGCUCAUUAUCAUCGGCAGCGGUAGCAGCAGCAGCAGCGGGGAGGGUGGUCUCCUGGUCGGCGGGAUUGUGGGCCGCCGCAGCAUCCGCCGCCGUCACCCUCGGCCGCUUCCUGCCGUCGCCCGCCUGAUGGUUCUUCCUCCGCGCCUUGGCGCCUCGCUGUCUUCCCUCAUCGAGCUGAGUGUCCGCCGCCCUCUUGUUGUUGAUGUGUCGGGGCGGCGGGAAGAGCUUGCGCAGCUUCCUGAUGGUCCUGCACCCAUCACACAACGGACAGAGAUCACACGGAUGAGAUGUGGCAUCCCCGUCUGUGUGUGUGUGCAUGUGUGUGUGAUGGACAUACUGAUAGUAAGACUGCAUGAGCUCCUCCCACUCGUCCUUAAGGGCCUUCUUCAUCUGCGACACACACACACCAACCACCCACACCGCCACACAAUGACGAGUGAGCCCAGCAGCUGCGGCUGUCUGUCCAUCAUGUAUGUGUGUAAUGGGAUGGUUCGUGUGGAAACAUACACGCAUCGCAUCGCAUCUCCUCUCCUACUCUCGAUGUAAGAAUGUCAUUUGUGUGUGUGCCGUACCUGCUGUUCAGUGAGGUUGCGAUCAUCGUUCCACAUGUGACACAUGCGGAAGUAAGGCAGAUCCUCCUAAUCGAUGACGGCACAGCAGCAGAGGGGAAACAGUGCAGACAGUGACCCCGCACACAAAGCUACCGUGCUACUGUUCUACGGCAGCCAUGGCUAAUGCCUCCCUCCCAGCCUCACUACCCGUCUCCCUCCCUGCCUGUCUGCCUGGCUGACCGCCCUCCGUCACUCACUCACCUUGUCCUUUGAGACGGGAUGGGGCUCGUUGAUGUCCUUGCGCAGCCGCUCCUCGACACUCAGGCGGUAGGCGGAGGCUGUCGAGCAGGCUGUCAGCCUCCUCGCCACUACCAGGAGCCAGGUAGGAGGGCGGGAUCUUUGCCGGCAGGGGGUGCGGCAGCAGACAAGCGAGUUGCAGUACCUCCGUCAUCCUAAUUGACAGAUGCCAGCCAACGAUAUGCGCAGCCAGGAGGCAGGGAGGGAGGGGAGGAUAGUGUGUGUGCGUAAGGCAGGUGUCUGCGUCAGUGUCGACCGACCUCGUGGCUUGCUGCUCGGUCUCCUUGACGUUGAGGGCGAGGCAGUCGAUGCUGGGGAUGACGUGAGGCUGCAUGGCGUCCCCCUGCACCGCGACAUGCAGGUCACGGACACACAAGACAGCCAGACCUGUUAACAGCUCGACUGCACUACUCCUCGCUGGCUUGUCACUCACCUGUCGGCGUCUGUGUCGCCUGAUGGCCCGGUUCUCCACAGACUGAGUGAGACAGCCAGCCAGAGCCAGCAAUGAUCAACAAACACGCCUUUGCGAAAGCCCCGUUAGCGUGUCUUACGCCUGGUGCAGCCGUGGUGAGGGGGCGCUGGCCGUGACAGAGGACAAUCUGAUGUAGGCACACACAACGCACAGUCGCAUCAGUCGGAUGGAUGGCUGGGUCGUUGGUUGCUUCUCAGAUUAUGUGACCGAGUCGUAGUGCAGGCCGCUGAGGUGUGAGAGCCGCAUUGGGUGGGGACUGCAGGCGCUGCACGUCUGGUGACGCAACUCUGAAAGGACAGCGCAGCGACAGAGGGCGGGCACAUGACAUGCCUGUGUGAACGUGUGUGUGUUUUGCUGCCUAGGUGUCUGUCAAUCAAGGUGGCUACGGUACCGCUGGUGGAUGCGUCGUAUAUUUCUAUUCUGCAGUCGUACAUCUGCGACAUGGCCUGGAUCUCCACUUCAUCGCCCCACUCUAAUCAAUCAACACCGCACAGCACAGUGAGACGUAACCAUGACGAUAUACACGCGUCACCCCUCCCUCCCUCCCUCCCUCCCUCCCCCGCUCCCUGGCUGACCUCUGUCUUGCUUCAUGCGGUGGACGUGCUCUUCGAAACGCUCUCCCCACACAAACUCCUGGAAAUACUCACGGUUGGCCUCCUGCAUGCAUAGCAUACAGACAUUGGGCUGAUUGAUUGUCGCCCUCUGGGAGUGGAGUAUGUAUCUGUGUGUUGUGGACCGGACCGACUGACCAUGUACUCCAUGCACUUGGUGCGGACGAGUCCGUGCAGGUCUUGGUCGCCGUACAUCUGAUCCGCCACCGAACGAAACAGACAAUUGCCGUCACACGCUGAACCGAACACACACACAUACAUCCACACAUGCAAGGCACGAUGACCAAUGGGCCUUGAUCUGUCUGAGUUGUUUACGAAUGUCAUGGACGGUGUAGCGGUCAUCGAUCCUCGGCUGCCCCGCAUCCGGAUCCACCUUCCUCUGCAUCCACCUUCCUCUGCAUCCACCAUGGACGGGACGGACGGACGGACACCCACACACCAGACCGUACAGGAUUCAAACCAUAUGACGCACUUUCGUCGUGUUGUUGUGUGCCGCUCACUGACUGACCUUUUUCCGCCCCUCGCUCCUGUCCACAGACCGUUUCCCUCGCCCCCCGCGCGACGUCAUGCCCGACCGACCGGUGCCAUGGUGGCUUUCACCACCACCACCGCCACCCCCAGCGGCUGCUGCGGCUGCUGCUGCUGCUGCACUACUGCUAUUGGCCUCGCCGCCAUCCCUGCCCCUCUUCCUGCUCCUGGUGCUCAUACCCACGUCCCUGGCGGCCACGGCCGGCACACCGCUGUCGAUGUCCAUGCCAUCCCCCACACUCCGCCGGCGCUUCUGGCUCCGGCGGGACAUGCCACCAGACGCCGCACUCGCCGACGCGGCUGCGGCUGCCGACGAUGCACCAGGGACACCGUUGGGCAUCAUGAGGCCGGCCGGGAGCACGUCGGACUCCGACCGUUUCCCGCGUCUGGUGCUGUCGCGCGGGGGCCGCCCGCCACUCGACGCCCCCGUGUCGUUGAGGGCGUUGUGGAGGGCGCGGGUGCGGCUGCGCGUCCAGUGUAGGGGGAGUUCGGACUGGGACUGGCCGUUGGUAAGGCCCAGGCCGCUGCUGGCCGGGACGGCCGCUGAUGCCGAGCUGGGUAUCUCUGCCCCUGGGGGUGGGGGGUAGAGUGCGAGGGGGGACACGACGUUGCGAUCGAUGGCUACCUUGACCGUCACGACGUCACGCAGCUGGACGAACGCCGGGGCAGAGUCUUCGACACCCAUCUGGUGGAUGGAUGGAUCACACACACAGAGGGAGGGGGCGGGGAGGGAGGGGGAGGGGGAAAGACGUGUCUCAUGGUGUGGUGGUGUUGCGCUCUGUCGGUUGGUGUUACCUGCCCGACUUUGGUAUCGUCCAGGGUCUGCUGAUAGAUCAGCUGCAAAAACUCCGUACCAACUCCUGCACACACAACACAACACAAGACAGAGAAUGCCGCUCUCCCAUCCCCGUCUCCGUGCAGUGCAUCGCACUGACCUUUUCUCUGGUAGUGCGGGAAGAUGAGGAACUGCGAGAGCCGGAGGCGCCUUCUCGAUGUCGACGGGCUCCAGAACGUGUAGGCGGUGGCAAAUCCACACAGGCUCAGACACCCCGGCCCGCUCGACGCACGGGGUCUCAGCUUGCGGCUGUUGGACGGGUAGUCACCGCCGCCGGGCGACGUCAGGGGCCGCUUGUACGCGAGGUAGACGUGCCAGCGCUGGUCCUGCUCGAUCGCCGAUGCGCCGUUGAUGAACCAGUGCAGGAACCACUCCAUCCGAGAGUGCAGCAACUUGGAACCCGCUAUCGGCAAACGUGCACCUUCUCACCUCGAUCUGCUCAUCCCCCGCCCCCGCCGUGUGCCCCAACACCCCCACCCGCUCCCCCGGCGGCAGGAAUGGCCACCCACGAGUCGUCCGGCACUCCAGCUUGGCGACGAAGUCAUGCUCCGAAGGGCAAAAGCCGCCGGGGAAGGGCACCAUGGCCAGGCGGUCCAUGACGCGCUUGCGGGAGGCCUGGAAGGACGGGCUCUCGCCCUCCACCUUCACGAACAGGUCAAAGGUGUCCGGGAUGUAGUAGAUGCGGACUGCGAGCUCCUCGAAUCCCAUGAUCACCUGGUCGGUGUCGAAGAAGUGGUUGGCGAAGGAGGGCGAGAACGUCACCGGCGGCUUGCGAUAGUCGUCGAGGGACCCACACGGGUGAAAGAAGACGCUAGAGAGGGCGUUGACGCGCAGCGAACGGGUGACGCGACCCUCGAGCCUCUGCUUCUUGGAUGACGGCUCCCCCAUGCCCUCGGCCGGCUGAGGGCGAGAUCUGGUGCUUCGACGCGGCUGUAGUGACAUAAUUACCACCUGUUGCAUCCGCGAGCUAAUAGAUCGGCCAAUCAGCGGCAUUCUCUGAAAAUGGUCUCGCCUGCUGCCUGAAGCCCACACACACACUGCUGCAAUCACCCGUCCGCUCCCUCUGGCGAUCUCCCGCUCCUCGCGAUAAGGCCCCGCGCCUUGCACCACAGCAGCAGCAGAUCUGGCACGCCCAGGACGCCUCAUCAGCCACGAGAGCCGGCGCACAUCCCAUCUCGCACAGGGCCGAAUGGUCUUGUGGUCAGCUCAGGUGCGACUCAACCGCCGACAGAAAUGGCGUAGAUCAGGGAAGGGGUGAGGGGGAUAGCACUGCAAGCGUCGUAGUUUCGCCUCUCC